CGGGCUCAGAACGUUCCGCAAAACCCAGCCGAGGAGGUUCCUGCUUCAACAGUGAUUGGACGGAACCCACCCCGCCUGGGCCCGCAGGUCUCGUUGCAUCCACCUCGUAGUGCCGCCGCAGCGCUGCCAUGGUUUCGUCUCCUUCCCAGGUGCGCCAGAACUACCACCAGGACUGCGAAGCGGCCAUCAACCGCCAGAUCAACCUGGAGCUGUACGCGUCCUACGUGUACCUCAGCAUGUCCUACUACUUCGACCGUGAUGACGUGGCCCUGAAGAAUUUUGCCAAGUACUUCCUGCACCAAUCCCAUGAGGAACGCGAGCAUGCAGAGAAACUUAUGAAGCUGCAGAACAAGAGGGGCGGGCGCAUCUUCCUACAUGACAUCAAGAAACCAGAUCGUGAUGACUGGGAGAGUGGGCUGACAGCGAUGGAGUGUGCUUUGCACUUGGAAAAGAAUGUGAACCAAUCACUACUGGAACUGCACAAGCUGGCAACUGACAAGAAUGACCCCCAUUUAUGCGACUUCAUUGAAACUCACUACUUGGAUGAGCAGGUCAAAUCCAUCAAAGAACUGGGUGAUCAUGUGACCAACUUGCGCAAGAUGGGGGCACCAAAAUCAGGAAUGGCAGAGUACCUCUUUGACAAGCAUACCCUGGGAGAAAGUGACAAUGAGAACUAAAAGCCUCCCAGGAACAAAGGCUUUUCUUGGGACUCUUGAUCAUCUUCAACUGUGCAUGUUUUUGUUUUAUCUUUAACAUUGUCCAUAACUGUAUAAAAACUGACUUUUGAUCUUUUGUGUUGUAUCUCAUACAGAAUAAAGUGAUUUGGUUCCAA